CAAGCCGCGGGCAUCGCCGCCAAGCAGAGCGAGCGCCGCGUGCCAGGGCGCCCCGCGCGGGAGCCAUGACCCUCCGCCGCCUCAGGAAGCUGCAGCAGAAGGAGGAGGCGGCGGCGGCCCCGGAGCCCGGCACCCGGGCCCCCGCCGCCACGCCGGCCUCGGGGCGCCCCGCUGCCGCCGCCAGUCCCGGGCCGCCGGCCGACGAGCUGUACGCGGCGCUGGAGGACUAUCACCCCGCCGAGCUGUACCGCGCGCUCGCCGUGUCCGGGGGCACCCUGCCCCGCCGCAAGGGCUCAGGGUUCCGCUGGAAGAACCUCACCCAGAGUCCCGAGCAACAGCGGAAAGUGCUGACUUUGGAGAAGGAGGAUCAUCAAACCUUUGGCUUCGAAAUCCAGACUUACGGCCUUCACCAUCGGGAAGAGCAGCGCGUGGAGAUGGUGACCUUUGUCUGUCGUGUGCACGAGGCCAGCCCUGCCCAGCUGGCUGGGCUCACGCCAGGGGACACCAUUGCCAGCGUGAACGGCCUGAACGUGGAAGGCAUCCGGCACCGGGAGAUUGUGGACAUCAUCAAGGCAUCGGGCAACGUCCUCAGACUGGAAACCCUGUAUGGGACCUCGAUUCGCAAGGCUGAACUGGAAGCCCGGCUGCAGUACCUGAAGCAAACCCUUUAUGAGAAGUGGGGCGAGUAUAGGUCCCUCAUGGUACAGGAGCAGCGGCUGGUGCACGGCGUCGUGGUCAAGGACCCCAGCAUUUAUGACACACUGGAGUCGGUGCGUUCCUGCCUGUACGGGGCUGGCCUGCUGCCUGGCUCGCUGCCCUUUGGGCCUCUGCUUGCUGCACCUGGGGGUUCCCAUGGGGCUGCCCGACGAGCCGGGGGUGACACCGACGACACCGUCUAUCAUACGUGCUUCUUUGGAGGCACAGAGCCGCCAGCGCCCCAGCUGCCGCCGCCACCACCUCCUGCCCGCACACUAGGUCUGGGCCCAAACCCAGUGGAAGCCCCAGCCACGGGGCCGGGCCCCGGACCACGGGCUGCACUCAGCCGCAGCGCCAGCGUGCGGUGCCCGGGCCCGGCAGGUGGCGGGGGUGGGGGUGGGGGUUCACUCUGGCCUGAGGCCCGGGAGCAGGCCCUGUGCGGCCCAGGCCUGCGCAAAACCAAGUAUCGCAGCUUCCGUCGGAGGCUUCUCAAGUUCAUUCCUGGACUCAACCGCUCCCUGGAGGAGGAGGAGAGCCAGCUGUAGGGGUGGGUGGGCAAGUCGGCGGGGAGGUAUUUAUUUAUUUAUUCAUAAUAGGCAGGGCCCAAGGGGCCUGGGAGUGGGGGUCCGUGGGCCAGAAGGAGCCUGGAGCAGGGGGACAGGAUCCUUACUAGCCCAGGUGUGUCCCUGCCGAGCAAGUAGGCUGCCUGGGCCCCUUGUCCCCUGUCUUAAGUCAC